AAAAUUCCCUUCUCCUCCCCGGGAUCUGAUUUUUUUUUCUCGCUCCUUCUCGCUCUUCCUCCUCCAUCUUCAGGCUUCGCGAGCUCUCUAUGCAACUUCAAUGGCGACGAUAAGCAAAGCCCUAAGGUCCAAACCGUCUCCGGGAUCUCAACGUCUGGUUCUCCUGCUGUGUAUAGUUCUCUUCUCAUUGAUCCUCAUUUUUUCUUCUGUGAUUUCCACCGGCGGAUUGGGUUUGCCGUAUCAGAAAACCCUAAUUGAUUAUUUCCUGACAUCUCCUCGGAUCAAGAGACAACAUACGUUGUCUGAGAAGUACUUGUACUGGGGAAACAGAAUUGAUUGUCCUGGUAAGCAUUGCGAUACUUGUGCGGGUUUGGGUCACCAGGAAUCCAGCCUCAGGUGUGCCCUUGAAGAAGCCAUGUUUCUUAACAGGACAUUUGUGAUACCUUCUCGGAUGUGCAUUAACCCAAUGCACAAUAAGAAAGGCAUUCUCCACCGAUCUGGCAACGAUACUACAGAAGAAGGUUGGGGAGGAAGCUCUUGUGCAAUGGACUCUUUGUAUGAUAUAGACCUCAUAUCCGAGAAGAUACCCGUGAUAUUGGAUGACUCAAGGAUGUGGCAUAUUGUGCUAUCGACGAGUAUGAAGUUAGGAGAACAAGGGAUUGCGCAUGUACGAGGAGUUAGCCGCCAUGAGCUGAGAGACAAUAGCCGAUACUCAAAGCUUUUGCUCAUUAAUCGAACUGCAAAUCCCCUCGCAUGGUUCGUGGAAUGUAAGGAUCGAAACAAUCGUAAUGCUGUCAUGCUCCCUUAUUCGUUUCUCCCUAAAAUGGCAGCAGCAAAAUGGAGAGAUGCAGCAGAAAAGAUCAAAGCACAACUUGGAGAUUUUGAUGCUAUCCAUGUUCGUCGAGGGGACAAACUGAAAACCAGAAAGGACAGGUUUGGGGUUGAAAGGACAUUGUUCCCCCAUCUAGACAGAGACACACGCCCAGCAUUUAUCCUUCGCAGAAUUGAGAAGUGGGUCCCAGCUGGGCGGAAUCUUUUUAUUGCUUCGAAUGAGCGAACACCGGGAUUUUUUUCACCUCUUGCUGUCAGGUACAAACUGGCUUAUUCAUCAAAUUUUAGCGAGAUUCUGGAUCCUAUAAUUGAGAACAACUACCAAUUAUUCAUGGUGGAAAGGCUUAUCAUGAUGGGUGCCAAGACAUUCUUCAACACAUUUAAAGAAUAUGAAACGGAUCUGACCUUGACAGAUGAUCUGAAAAAGACCAAGAAUUGGCAAAUACCCGUAUACACCAUGGAUGAAGAAUCAAGCUAAAGUUUCUUGUUCCUACGUAAAGUCUACUCCGAUUGUCAUGGCUUCAAACCAGUAGUAGGACAUGAGCCACUGGGCUGGACAUGAGCCACUGGAGCUCAGCCCAGGUUAGGCAUUAUCAGAAUCUUGCCUGAAGUCUGAAUAUAUGCUGGGACUGGACAAAUCCAUGUGUGUAACCAGAAUCGAGAACAUCUUGCACUUGUAUAGAUGUAGAUGGGUUUUUUUCCUGACAUUACAUUAGAUCUUCAGAGAAAAUCGUAUGCAAAUGAUUUUCCCCGAGGAAUUUUGUACACAGAUCUUUGUAGCUUUCAGCAAAGUUAUGCAAUUUUUUUUUCACA